AUGGGCUCAAUCUCCAUCUUCCUCCACAAGAAUCUCCGCGAUUUUCACACUCUACCAACAAAGCCCAUGGCUGGAAAAGCAGCAAAAUCGGUGGCGAGAGCCGAGGUCCUCCUUGCAGGGGCAGAUUGGGAAUUUGACCCCGAGAGGAAGGAGAUGAAGACGAAGAGGAAAGGGCACAAGGUCGACAGGUUGGCUGCCGAGAAGAGGGAACGUACGGCGGAGCUCAUGCAGGCCAUGCCGGAGAUGCUGGCGGACUACCGGAAGAGGAGAUGGGAGAGGAAGAUGAAGGCGGAGGAAGAUGCCGCCAAGAAGGCACUUCAUGAGUGA